GCGGCAGCGGGCGGGGGCGCGGAGGGCGCGGGGGUCCCGGCUCCGGCCCCUCCCCACCCCGUCGGGACUGCGCGCUCAGGAAGAGGGGCGCUGCAUGGAACCCGGAGCCCGGGGAGCAGGAGCCCUGGGCAGUCCGCAGUCCCUUGCCCUCCCUGGUGGGCGGUGGAGUCAAUCAAGAGCUGCGGGCACAGGACUUGACAGGUGACAGGUCAGCCCCAGGCUCUCCGUGGGCCCUGCCAUUGGCUGUCCGGUGGGGAGAAGGUGAUACUUCUCAGGAUGCAAACUGGGGUGGGGGGGUGGAGGCCUGAGGGAGGAAGGCAGGGGCAGGGCCCCCCACCCAGGGCGCUGGGCUGCUGUUCUUCCUCAAGCAGGGUGUGGGUGCUGAGGUAGCAGCAGGUUGGGGACCUGGGGGCCACUGGGAAGUUGCUUCUCCAUUGCUGUCCCUCGGGGUUCAGCCUGGCACAGGCGGGACUCAGGGUAAGACCCCGGUUUUCUCCACCCCCCACCACCUGCCGGCUUGACAAGUGCAUGGGCACAAACAGGAAUGCCGCGUGCCCCGCCCAGAGGCUGCUGGGUCCAGGGAGAGGAGGGCAUUCCCUCCGCGGGGCCUGGGUGCUGGGGCGGCCAGCAGGCGGGGUGCUCCCCUGCCCGGGACCAGCCCUGGGGGGGGGCAGCAGCGUCUGUGAGGGUGUGUGCACGUGUGUGCUCGUGUGUCUGCAAACGCGUGUGGGUGUGCCCAUGUGUGCAAGAGUCCGUGCACGCUACACGCACCUCUUCCAUUCCAGGCAAAGCCACCGGGAGCUCAGGGCCCCGGGAGCGCUGAGGGCAGCGUCUCCGGAAGGUUUGAGGUUUUACGCCCGCCUCCGUGUAGGUGUUACUAGGCAAAACAGCUGCAUCCCGCUGAUCGACCCCUUUGCCAGCGAGAACCUGGAUGUCCCCACCUCAGUACGGCACCUCAUCUCCCUGCACCGAGCUAUCAUGGUGGUCCUGCCCCUGAGCCUCGUCCUCGUGGUGUGUGGCUGGAUCUGCGGCCUCUUCAGUUCCCUGGCACAGAGUGUCCUGCUGCUUCUCUUCACUGGCUGCUACUUCUUGCUGGGAGGUGCCCUGACCCUGGUGGGCAUCAGCGUCUACAUCAGCUACUCACACCUGGCCUUCGCCGAGACCGCCCGCCAGUUCGGCCCCCGGCACGUGCAGCACGUCCGCGUCGGCUUCGGCUGGUCCCUGGCCCUGGCCUGGGGCUCGUGCGCCUCGGAGGUGCUCAGUGGCAUCCUUCUGCUCACAGCAGCCCGCGCCCUCCGCCUGAGCCGGCGGCAGGGGGGCCCCCACUCGGUGGCCGUCUGAACCCCAGAGGGGCAGAGGCCAGGGCCGGGGGGGAUGGGCUCAGUGUCCUGUUGCCUCCGCAGCAUCCCCGCAGGCUGGGAGGGGACCCCUGUGGGGGCGGGGGCAGGGCCGGGGGGCAGAGCCAAGGAUCCGGGCUCCUCUUGCCUGGCAAAGCCAGGUGUCUGGGGGGCCCCCUGCUGGUUUGUGCCCUUCAGGGACUAACUGGUUUGGCCUCCUCUUAGGGCUGCGGAAAAGGAGUCCCAGGAGGAAUUAGCAAGUGGCCCAAGGGGAUGUUAGUAGGGUGGGGGGUGCUCAGCGGGUCCCCUUGCCCCUCGAGGGUGUGCCCCCGUGUGCCACCCCGUCCUCAUUCCUAGGGCCCUGGGUCGGGUGGAGGAGCUGCCUUCUGUCCUGGGGAGGAGGGAGUUUGAGAGGCAAGCAGCACCCACUGCGUUAGGCCCCGAGCCGAGUGCCACCCGCUCAUGGGCUUGUCCAGUCCUGCGGUCGCCCUUCAGGUUUGUUACCAUUCGCCCGUUUUACAGAAGGGGAGUCUGAGGCCCGGGCCAUCCCGGAGCAAAUGGCUGAGCCAGAGGCCCUUAGCAGGCUGGCGGGACUCCUGGGCCUCUUCGGUCCACUGGCUCAAGGACGGGUGCUGGUGAGGAGGAUGGGGUGGGGUGGCCUGGGAGUCCUCUGGGAUUUGCAGGGGCAGUUGAGUGGCCUGGAUGCACCUCUCAGACCCCUGUCGUUGUCCUGGUGCGGCUGCGGCUUCUGCUGAGCUGGUGCUCCGGGGCCCCGACCUUCCCGUCUGCAGCCCCUGGGGAAAGGCUGUGAUUGCGGGGGGCCUGGUGGG